AUGUUUACCCUUCCCGCCCGAUAUGGGCGCUGGGUGCCUAUUCUAACCCCGCUGGCUCUCAUCCUCCUCUUCCUGCAUCUCCACAGCGGCCUGUGGAACGUUUCCACCAUCAAUCGCGAGUCUGGAGGCUCUUCCAACUCAAAAGACGCCAAUCAACAGCAGGACGAGCUCGCAUCGGCUUGCCGACCGCUCCCAGGCAUCGAAGAUGUCCUUGUUGUCCUCAAGACCGGAAUCACAGAGGCACGGGACAAAGUCCCCGUACAUAUCCGCACGACGCUCCGAUGCAUCCCCCACAAAUUGAUCGUGUCCGAUUACGAAGAAGAUAUCGCCGGCCUGCGCACACGGGACGUCUUCCAAAACGCCAGCGACUCAGUACUAGCAAAGACGGACUUUGCUAUCUACCUUCGCGCAAAGGCUCAGGGACGGGCGGGUUUGCUGCAGCAGGACCAUACGAAAGUCGCAAAUGGCCCAUCUGGCAUGAUGAACAAUCCGGGCUGGAAACUUGACAAGUGGAAGUUCUUGCCGAUGGUUCAGGAAGCCCGAGCUUAUCGGCCCGAUGCCAAGUGGUACGUCUUCCUUGAGGCAGACACUUACCCGAUCUGGCCGAAUUUGCUGGCCUGGCUGGCGAACUUUGAUUCCCAGAAAGAAAUGUACAUUGGAAAUCAGAUGCAGAUUGGUGACAAUCUUUUUGCUCACGGUGGAUCCGGAUUCGUGCUGUCCAAUGCGGCUAUUCAUUCAGUCGCGGAUCUGGUAACCCAGUACCCUGAGCAAUGGGAGAAGAUUACCAGUAAAGAAUGGGCUGGCGAUUGCGUGCUGGGAAUGGCACUUGCAACUGUUAAGAUCGGGUUGACCUGGUCCUGGCCUCAUGUCACCACCGAGUCCGUUUGGGGACAGGAUGCCCUGGGCGAGGGAUUCGGGAAAAAGCAAUGGUGCUAUCCUCCUUUUACUUUUCACCACAUGACGCCCACAGAUGUAGAUCGGAUGUGGGACUUUGAUCAAAAAUGGUUCUCUAAUGAAAAUAACACUGUCCUUCACUACGGCGACAUCUUCACUCACUUCAUUCGCCCAACAAUGGCACACUAUCUCGAUAAUUGGGACAACAGCGCCAAGGAUAAAUAUGAAAGAUUGGAUGAUAAAGGUGCUCAAAUCCCACUUACCGUCUGGGACUGCGCGGAGCAUUGCGCCAGUGAACCAAACUGCUUGCAAUACAGAUUCUCCGACGGCAAGUGUACUAUUUCGCCCGAAGCCCUUCGCGGCACACCUGCCCGGGGUGUUGAGUCGGGCACGAUGAUGUGGCGAGUCGAUGCUGCUAUUGCAGCGAAGGAAAAUGUAACGAAACUU